CAUUCCUUGUUUUCUUUGAUGUGGAUUGGGGUUUCUGGAAGUAUUUGAGGAAGCCACCCCUCCAUUGUCUCUACUCCCUAUUAUAUAAUCCCUGUCCUCUAAUUGAAUUUGAACUCUACUGGUGGGACUUCUCUUCUUCUUUUUGUUCUUCUUCUUCUUCUAGAGAGAGAGAGAGAGAGAGAGAGAGAGAGAGAGAGAGAUGGAGGGGAUUGCUUCUGUUUGGAGCUACCAAGAGAGUAUUAAUGAGCUGAAGAACAAGCUUAUCUUCACUAUGUAUGAACUAGAAUCUACAAGGAUAGAUGUGAAGGAGGAGAUGAGAAAAUAUGAGGAGUACACAAAGCAACUUCUUCAACUCCUAAAUGCUGCUUACCGUGAAAGAGAUGAAGCACGAGAUCAGCUGCAGAGAUUAUUAAGCAAAAUCAUGCCAAAUAGCACAACCGAAAUCUGUUCUGUUUUCACAAAUCUUCAAUCUGAGAACCCUUCAUUGAAAACCAAAGGAACAAAUUCAAGCUUUACAGAAUCGGAUAGUCUAUCUGAGGCAUACAAUCAUCACUCCAAUGGUUCCACCCCUGUAGAUUCAUUCAUUGAUCAGGUUUCUUCUCCGGAAAUGUCAAACAUGAAUAUUAGUGAAUCAAGUAACCCAAGAAAGGCACAGCAGCAAAUCAUUCAAGAGUCUAAUCUCCCCAAGUCAAUUAGCAUCUUCUCUUCAGGAAAUGUAUCUGCAUCAAUUAGUACUAUGUCUUCAGGUGAACACAAUGUUGAUCAUUCUUCAUCAGUAAUUGAUAAACUCAUUAAGGGAAAACCUCUCCCUCAAAAAGGAAGGUUUUUACAAGCUGUAAUGGAAGCAGGCCCGCUGCUUCAGACACUACUUGUUGCAGGACCGCUUCCUCGAUGGCAAAAUCCUCCACCUUUGCAACCAUUCCAAAUUCCAGCUGUGUCUAUCAAAGGCUCUGAUCCUGAAAAUGUUGAUCAGAAACCAAUUACAAAUUCGAAUUACGUGGCUCAAGGUUUGUUAACUUCAUCAUACCCUGAAAUGCCGUCUCAGAUCUGCUCCACUCCUGUGUUGAACUUUUCAUGCAGUCCGCGUUCAUGUCUAGACAAUGGGGUGCUAUCAUCUACUGCAAUGAAUCGAGAUUUUCCCCACAGAGGAAUCAGGACUGGGAAGAGACAGGGACUCCAAUGAGAUGAAGAAACCUUCAUCUCCUCAGAUGGACAUGACCCAUACUUACUUAUCUUCUGUAUAAAAUACAAAUGCUGGUGGUAGAAGUAGAAUAUAUAUAUUUUUCAAUUUCAAUAACUUACUUUAGCUCAUUUUAUUUACUAAUAAAUUAGACAAUCUCAGUUACUAUUUUGUA